AUGUCUGGGUUCCCUGAUCUAGCCACAGAUGCUGUUUUGAAGCAGUCCGUGCCUGUCCCUGAGCACUUCCAGGAAGUGAAAGGUGUCGACUAUUCGAAACCUGAGAGCCGCAACGCCCGCGCCUCCGACCUUAUCGACUCCAUGAAAACCAUGGGCUUCCAGGGCUCUUCUCUGGCCAAGGCCUGUGAAAUUAUUGACGAAAUGAGAACCUGGAGAGGAAGGCACAUUUCGGAACUUGCCGAGCACGAGCGCAAAGGAGAGUUCGACGAGAACGGGUACCAGAAAACCACCAUUUUUAUGGGGUACACCUCGAACUUGAUCUCUUCCGGUCUCAGGGACACCCUACGGUUCCUGGUCCAGCACAAGAUGGUGUCCGCCAUUGUUGCAUCUGCUGGGGGAAUUGAGGAGGACUUGAUCAAAUGUCUUGCUCCAACUUACAUGGGCGACUUUGCUCUGCCAGGAAAACAGCUUAGAGAUGACGGUAUGAACAGAAUUGGAAACCUGAUUGUGCCUAACGACAAUUACUGCAAAUUCGAGGAGUGGAUUGUGCCUGUUCUGGACAAAAUGCUGGAGGAGCAAGAAGCCUCUGCCGCCAAAAACGGUGCCAAUUCUCUGGAUGCGGAUGUCCCUUUCUGGACGCCGUCCAAGGUCAUCGAUCGUUUGGGUAAGGAGAUCAACGACGAGUCGUCGGUCUUGUACUGGGCCCACAAAAACCAAAUCCCCAUUUUCUGUCCUGCUUUGACGGACGGAAGUAUUGGUGAUAUGCUUUUCUUCCACACUUUCAAGGCCUCUCCUAAGCAGCUGAGGAUCGAUAUCGUUCAGGAUAUUAGACGCAUCAACUCUUUGUCAAUGGAGGCUUCGCGCGCAGGAAUGUUGAUUCUGGGAGGUGGUCUGAUCAAGCACCAUAUUUGCAACGCUUGCUUGAUGAGAAACGGAGCAGAUUACGCUGUCUAUAUCAACACCGGCCAGGAGUUCGACGGCUCCGAUGCUGGAGCUCGUCCUGACGAGGCUGUGUCCUGGGGAAAAAUCAAGGCCGAUGCCAAGAGCGUCAAGGUUUUCGCCGAUGUGUCGUUGGUGUUGCCGCUAAUUGUGGCUGCUACUUUUGCGAAAGAAUAA